CUGACUUCACAUCUACACCCGCCACCCAUGACGGUCUCAUCAUUACUCUCCGGCUCCCCUGUGGAGUCGGUGAAACAGGCCGUCCGCUCGACAUCCACAUGCUCCGAUGCCACCGUGUUGUCGCUCCAAACACUCUUCCGCGGGUCGUCGAAAUCGCCCUCCCCCCUCGACAUCGAAACCGCGACCGUGAAGCGGGUGAGCAGAACUACUAAGACCCCAUCCAAUACUACGAGUCGGACGAGGACGGUGAGGGGCACCAAGACAAAGGUCUCUGCCGCAGAGGCUGCACUCAGCACAGUGGUGGAACAGGACGCUGCGCGUCUAUCUAACCAGGAGAAACUCGUUCUCGCUACGGAGGUCUUCAAUUCGACGCUCAAGACACUUUCAGAAGCCGUGAAGCUCCAUUCGACAAAACGCGACGAUGCUCGAUCCUCCGCGACUAGUACCCCCCGCGAAUCGCCCUCGCCAAGUCGCCUCGCGAAAUCACCCAGACGGUCGAAGACGCCUUCAAGUACAACCGGGACAGAGGGGGGUAUACCGGCGGUGGCACAGUGUGCGGCGAUGGCUCUGUCAUGCUUGCGAACCUUGAAGGGGGACCAGGAAAAGGGGGUCCCCAGUAUGCAACUUGAACAAGGGGCGUGUGUUUUGGCGGGCAGGUUUCUCUCCCUGGGUCUGAGUGAGAUGGCCUACAAGGAACUGAGAGCUUUGAAGAGGAGGAUGCAACAAUAUCUGGAUGGCCAGGGUGCAGGCGAGAAGAAGGCCCCGAGCAGGAGAGGAACCCCGGUAGAGCCGGAGAGCGAAACGGUCAAGGAACGCAUGUCUGAUCUGCUUAGCUUCUCGCAUAUCAGCAAGGCAGGGUCGCUGCAUGGGCUUCUCGUAUCAUUCCAGUCUAACGCGCUCCGGCUCAUUGUGUCGGAAAAGAAGGCCGCCACCGUGCAGAAUACCGCCCCUUCCUUGCAGUUGACGGACCCGAGCAGCCCCGCAAAUGUGAUCCUGGCUGCGCUCGAAUCAGGGAGUCUCACCAAGGAUAAAGCCGCGCUUCAACUUCAGCUACUGUCCAACACCGUUUUGUCCCUAUCAUCCACAUCGCAACAAUCUACGACCAACCAACUAAAGCCGAUCACGUCGCUGAGCCUCCAAUUGCUGUCUCUUGAAAUCCGCUGCAUGUCUUGGAAUAUCUCCGGCCAUGUGUGCGAUGAUGCGAAAGAGAUGUGGGAUCCUCUGGCGCGGUAUGUCGCUGCCUACGCUCACCAAAGCAAAGGAAUCACGAAGUCCGAGUUCGCCUCCCUCUACAGGACUAUCGUUCGCUUGCAGUCGACCUUCAUUACCGUCAAUAAGCGUUCUUCCGCCAGCAUGAAGGAUAAUAUUUCUGUCGCAAAAAUUGCAACUAUCCUGGGCCAGCUUGCUCAGGAAGCGGGAUGCCUUGAUGAAGCUUUGCAACUGUUCACAGAGUCUCUGAACCCGCUCUCUAAUGGACAGUGUCUUACCCUAGCUACUGUUCGUUGCAAAAUCGCAUCCCUUCAUCUUCAGGCUGUCAAGCAAUCGACAAAGUUCGGCUCUGGAAUGUCUAGCGCGAUUGUUGAAGCCACCAAUGUGUUGUGUAUGCCGCUAAAAGGUAGCGCUAACGACCUCGACGAGUUGUUGGUUGAAGCAGGUAAGCUGAAGAAACUCGCCAUGGGCUCAUUUGGAGAGAUUGUGUCGAAGGCAAGAGACUCGAACAGUGGGGAUGGUGAUCUGUCUUAUCGGAUCUAUGGCUACUUAAACGGCUUCGUGAGGUUCUUGCGGCGGUACAUUGGACGCCGACCGACGGAGGAGGACGGCAAGGAGAUCGAAUCGUUCCAGAGACGUGUCGCUGCGACUCAGAAUAUUGCUCUUGCGGCAAUCGACUCGGUCGUCGCCAUCGGCAAAAUGUCAAUUAUGUCGCAAAACCCCUCCUGGGAGGAAAUGCAGUCCACCUUGAUUGACAAGUACGCUGAAUCUUCAACUGCUAAAAGUAUCGGGAACGGUCUUGUCAAGCUCUCCAACCUAUUUUGGUCCCGGUACGUCAAGGAAAAAGAAGCUGGCAAAGGCUAUCGCGAGCUUUUGCCCUUGUUGAAGCAGUCCGCCAGCCUCCUAUCGAGUUGUUCGCCUUCACAAAAGAUCACGGGAUUCUCGCCACUGAAGUAUGAACGCCUGGCUCAUGUCUAUAUGGAAGCCAAUAUGGCACGCGAGUCCGAGCAAGCGUUCCAGCAAUCAAUCACCGAACAUAUGGAGACGGGAACUCUUGACCAAAUCCUUUCUUCUGAUGCGGCAGGCUUCCCUCACCGAAUCUGCCAGUACCCAAAGAGCAGCGGUUUUAUGCUUGGCCGUGUGCUUUACGCCUUCUUGAAGAUGAGCUUGAGAAGCAAGGCAGCGAAAUCUGGUUUCUAUGACGACAAUAACCUAGACGAUGUGCAGCGCGAGCUGCCUUCUCAUCCGUCUCUCGAUCAAAAGUUCCGUUCUACGUUCGGGCUGCUUUUGACGAAGCUGCUUGACCUCUACUCCUCACAAGCUCACCCCGUUCGACGCCUGCGCGCAGUUCUCACGACCCUGCGGUUUUCACUCGAACGCCCUAACUCCUUGGAUGCGACAAUGGUACAAGACGUUGUCGAUACAGGCAUGGACAAUAUUGAUAUGGGUGACGUUGGCGAUGAUUCCGACCUCAUUAGCCUGGCAAUCCAUAUGAGGAACUCGGUGCGACUUACCCUCGGGCUGCACGAGGGGAGUCUCCGGCCUAGAGAUCUGCAGGAUAUACUGUCCUCGUGGAGCUUGAUGGUGCGAAGGUGCACGGAUUUGGAGUCGCUCGUUGCGAACGUUGCGAUCGUCGACUUCACCGAGAUCCACGGCCUGUGGAAGCUCCAGUUCUCCGCUCUUGAACUGGUGCUGCGGGUUACGGAGAUCCGGGGAACUGGCGACUUCUCCGAAGCAAUUAUUGUUCUCUCCCGAUUGGCGCUGCAGUACAGUCGACUUGGGUAUUGUACCAAGGCGGGUGAUCUUCUGAGCAGAGCGGAUCAGUACCUUGGUCAUAAGGAUAUUUCCUGUCUGGCAUUGCUGUCUCACAACCUCGCUAGCGUUGGGUACCUUCUCGAGAUCGGAGAUAUCCAGAAGGCGUCAACUACACUGUCAGCAGCACGAGCUCUGUAUGAGAAGAAUCAGAAGAAGGAGGAUUUGAAUGCCUGCUCGGUCUUGUCCAAGAUCAUGUGGGAGCGAUUGGUAGCUGACGCCGCCUUCAUGAGCUCCCGGCUUUCUUUCGCUGAGGGUUCAGUGAAGGACGCUCUCUUCUUUGCGAAGCUGUCUGUCAGACUGAAUUGCAGGAUUUGGGCCAAGAUCGAGAAGAUCUCGCAGAAGAACCAAAACAAAGUUUCUCAAGGCGGCGAGAACCCCGAACUUGAAACCGUUGUUGAGGGGAUGGCAAAGCUCGAAGUCUCGCAAGCAAAUGCAAACAAUGCCGCUUAUUUCCAAGGAGCUCCGUUCUGGCCUCACAUUGGCUCGCACCACACUGCUCUUCUCAACCUCUCUAGUCUCUCUGCACACCACGGUCUCUUCCAGGACGCCAUCUACUACGGCGAACAGGCCCUCAAGAUCAACAAGACAUUGAACGCGAAUGUACGGUUGAUUGCGUCUCAAGCGCAGCUUGGAUCGCAUUGGAUCUUCGGAGGCCACAUUACGGAAGGCCAGGAGCUCCUCACUGCGGCGGAAAAGUUGUCAAAGCAGCUCGACAGCAGCAUUGAGCUGGUUUCGCUGCAGAUUGGCCUUGCUUCUCUUCAUAGAGCCCAGGGCCGGUAUCGCGAGGAGCAGCGGGCUCUUCUGGAGGCGGACCGGAUAAUGGCUGAGUGUGCUGCUUCCGAGAUCUCGGACCUGGGACUAGGAGACAUUGAAAGCAAGAUGAAGAAGCUGCAAGUCGAGGAAGUUGCCAAGAAGACCCGGGCACGAGCAGCCACGACGACGACCAGAAGAACCCGCGCCGCGACAACCACGAGUGCACCGAAGGUAUUGAGCGUGAGCUCGGAAUCGACUGGAGCCGACUCCACCUCGCUCCUUCAUCUGAGAAGCGAUAUUCUUCGACAGCAAGCGGCCUGCCUGCGUGCACUGCGUGACUUCGAUCAAGCGUCCUGCUUGUUGAACGAUGCACGCAAGUUCGCAACUUCCAGGGACAGCCAGAUUUCUCUCCACAUUGGCGAAAGCGAGCACCUGCUUGCAGAUGCCAUCCGUAAUUUCGCUUCUCAUGCAGUGUACUGUGUUCUUCCUGAAUCGACAAUUUCUCUUCCUUCGUUGCAGUCUCCAAGCAAGACAGGCCAAGCCAGUUCCAGCAGGACAACUUCGACAAGAAGGACACGGGCGCCAGCCAAGACACCAGCCCGCAGCACCCGCGCUAAAGCCCCCAAGCCAACGGAGGACUUCUCGGUGAUGCUGUCGAAAGCGGGUGAAAGCCUGAAUACCAUCUUUCCCACCGCCACAACGCUUGGAUCUACCCUCGACAGUCAUGCUGCUUCUCGCCUGAUGAGCCGCAUCUCGAUGUUGACGCAUGCCACGGCGCUGGAGUCUUCGAUGUCUCAGGAGCAGUCUCCGGCCAACGUGAACGAAAUCGGCCGUAUUGGAGCUUUCACGCGCGAGCACGCUGCUAUCGAUCUGGACAAGCAACUGGCCGACUACUGCGACCCGCUCCUUUGGCCGACUGCCGAGUCAGCGGUGAAACUGGAGGAUGAUCUCUGCUCGCGGUUCACGGAAGAAUACGUCGAUAUCCUCCCCGAGAACUGGAACGUCCUGUCUCUUUCCCUGAGCGCGGACUGCACGGAAUUCGUGGUCUCGCGGUUGCAAAAAGGUCGUUCACCCUUCCUCCUGCGGCUUCCGCUCAAGCGUGGAAAUGCCGACGAAGAGGAAGAACAGUUCACUUUCGAAGAUGGAAAGGAGGAGAUGCAGGAGCUCAUCCGCCUGGCCAACGAGAGUGCGCACGCCGCCAAACACCAGACCGAUCGGCAGAUGAAGAAGGAUUGGUGGAAGAACCGCGAAGCGCUGGAUCGCCGCAUGGGUAACCUGCUCGAGAAUGUCGAAAAUGUCUGGUUCGGUGGAUUCCGCGGAAUAUUCUCUCCAGUGCCCCAUGAGACGAGCUCUCUUGCGCGGUUCGCAGACUCGUUCCAUAACAUUCUCGACAAACACCUUCCCUCCCGGCGGAAGGGUAGUCGUGCCGGAAGCCCCCGGCUGACGCUUCAUCCGAAUGUGCUCGAACUAUUCAUCGGAGUCAAGGACCUGGAAGACCAGGAAGAUCCCGAGGAGACGUUGGUGGAUCUUCUUUACUUCGUCGUGGACAUCCUGCAGUUCCAGGGCGAGCGCAACGCGUACGACGAAAUCGACUUCGACAUGCUUGUCGUGGACACCCUUGACGCUCUGAGAGGAUACCACGAGCAAGUCCGCCAGGAACAGGGCAAGCCAUCACUCAACCACACCGUCUUAGUCCUGGACAAGUCCCUUCACAUGUUCCCUUGGGAAUCUCUCCCCUGCCUCCAAGGCUUCCCGGUUUGUCGAGUGCCAUCCCUCGAAUGUCUCCGCGACCGAAUCCAACAAUUCCGCCGCGAAGGCGCCGAGACCUCAACAGGCUUCACCAUCGACCGCACAAACGGCGCAUACAUCCUCAACCCCACCGGCGACCUGCACACGACCCAAGGUACCUUCGAGAAAGACCUGAUCAACCUCGACAAAUGGUCCGGCGUCGUCAACCGCGAACCCACCGAAGCCGAAUUCAAGAAGGGCCUCGAGUCUAAGAGCCUCUUCCUCUACUUCGGGCACGGCAGCGGCGCCCAGUACAUCCGCGGCCGCACGAUCAAGCGUCUCGACCGCUGCGCCAUCACCUUCCUCAUGGGCUGCAGCAGCGGCGCCCUCACCGAAGCCGGCGAAUACGAGCCCUACGGCACCCCGCUGAACUAUUUGCAUGCGGGGAGUCCGGCGCUCGUGGCGACUCUCUGGGAUGUCACGGAUAAGGAUAUCGAUCGCUUUGCGCACAGCACGUUCGAGAAAUGGGGGCUGAUUGGGAAGGCGCACGAGCCGGUUGCGUUGGAUGCUGCCGUCGGGCAGUCCAGACAGGCCUGUGUCUUGAGGUAUUUGAAUGGCGCGGCGCCGGUUAUUUAUGGUGUGCCGGCCUUGUUUUUGGCUUGA